AUGUCGCGCCCAUUCCGCAGUCCUGGCCAAUGGCCUGCCUAUCCAGACAUACCUAUCUUCCUAGACACGGCUGACCAAAGACCUAUUACAAAGUCAUAUGGUACAACGCCAACAACACCUACGACGCCAGAGAUCCUCGCAUCGACGCGACCGAUGCAUUUGAGCCCAGCACACUUCAAUGCGCCACCAGUCAGCCCUGCUGAUCCAAGUCCAACAACAACUAUCGAAACCUGCAGUCAGCGCUCACUAGUCUGGCCGAUCCCAGAACCACUUCCGGAAAUCCAGCAGCCUCAAUCCCUCCGGCCGACACUUCGCUUCUUCCCAAGCCAAAGACCUAGGGUUUGUCUUGAUACUGUGGCUACACUGCAGGUACCACAAAUCAACGAGAAGACACCUAUUCAUGAUGUCCACCCAGGUCUUGGAAUUUUUAAUGGACCUCCCAAGCCACCUUCGAUUGAGAUCUCGCCUCCUAUUAAUGAGCAGGAACAAUCAGGCUUCAACUUUGCCCAGCGAAUCGAAGAGACCCUGUGGAGGUAUAGUGCUUCCGGUAACAUAUUGAAGAGGUGGUUGCUUGAAGUAAUAAGCUGGGUUGUUAGCUUGGUCUGCAUGGCCGCUAUCAUAGGCGUUCUCGUCCACUUGAAAGACCAGCCGCUCGCCAAGUGGACUUGGGCGGAGAAGACUGGCCUCACCCUCAAUGCUUACAUUUCAAUCUUAUCCAAGAUGGCAGGUGCUGCCUUGAUACUCCCUGUGUCGGAGGCACUGGGCCAGCUAAAAUGGAGCUGGUUCUUGGAGCACUCCAAGCAAAUGUGGGACUUUGAGAUUUUCGACAAUGCUUCUCGAGGACCAUGGGGCUCUCUUCUACUCCUCAUACGUACGAAAGGUCGCGCUCUUGCUGCACUAGGAGCGAUGAUCAUGCUUUGUUCUUUGGCUCUUGACCCGUUCUUCCAGCAAGUUGUGGAUUUUCCAGAUCGAUGGGCUUUGCAGAGCACUUCUAGCGCAAUCCCUAGAAUCGUGGAAUACCAGCCAACAUACAUCAGUACGAUACAAUUUGGUCGCGAAGCAACCGCACAAGAUGAAGCACUCAGGCCGAUCGUGAACGAAUUCUUGUUCGGUAACGGUACUCAGCCCGUUCUUUUCGGCAAUGGCACGCGUCCUGAUAUACCACUUUCGUGCCCCACGAGCAAUUGUACUUGGCCAGAAUAUGAGACUCUUGCUGUUUGUAGCAAGUGUACGAGCAUUGACGUAUCGGAGCUUCUCACAUUUGCAUGCAUGGAAACACAAAUUGACUGGAGUUUGACCACAAUCGACGUCAUCUCGGAUGAUACCAUUCCGAAUGGAACAGUGUGCGGAUAUUUCGCCAACGCCACUAGCGAUGCACCAAUGCUUAUGUCAGGGUACACAGUUUCUAAGAAUGAUAAUGGGUCCGGGUUCGGCGAAGCAUUGCUAGUACGGACACUCCCACUCACUGGAUUUCUGAAUAAGGACGCUCUGUAUGGGACAGGAUCGAUCAAAUUUUCAAAUAUACGAAACCCAAUCUUAGACUUUUUGGUCGUCUCAGCAAUCAAUGGGACAGAAAGCGUCUACCAGAGAAAAGCUCCACGUAUCGAAGAGUGUGUAUUGUCAUGGUGUGUCCAAACCAUCAAAUCUUCCUAUGAAUGGGGAAACUACAGUGAAGAGGUUGUUGCUACAGUGCAGAAUACCACGAGUGGCCCAUUCCCAUGGGAAAGUUACGAUGUCACCGACGAACAUGGCGUGAGCAUUGGCACUGAACUCUUAUAUACCCAACAUGUUAGGAUCGAACCUCCUGCUACAAGCUUUUAUCGUUCAAAUCAAACGGUGUAUGAUGAAGUAUACGCAGUUGAUAAUAUGACGGUUUCGACCGUGGCCAACAUAUUCGACGACUUUUUCCCAUCAUACUACGUUGCAGAAAAUUCUAUCGCAACGCCUACGUUAAGAUACUGGAACUACCCGGCUGGCGCACGUUUCCGCGAACUUCUGUUCAAUCCUUGGAUGGUAUCUUCAAAAUCGAACGUGACUAAACAUAUGGAAAGACUAGCCACUGCAAUGACCAACGUUAUGCGGUCAUCCACGAGCAAACAGAUGACCCACGGCAAGGCUUACAACAAGGAAAAUUAUGUUUCAGUACGCUGGGAGUGGCUGACUCUUCCCAUUGGGUUGCUACUAGUCUCCUUAGUCUUUUUGGCUGCUACAGUCACCAAGUCUGCCUUAGAGCGCGAUCGCGUAGGUGUCUGGAAAACGUCAGCGUACGCGACUCUUCUAUAUGGAUUACCAGAUGAGAUGCAACAGAAAAUUACUCGAUCAUCGAGCACGGGCACCCCAAGAGCUAAGGCGAAAGAACUCAAAGUCAAACUGCAACCCAACCAGGGCUGGAGAGUGUCUGGUAAUCUCUUCUCUCCCUUCACCCCAAAGCCCAAGGUCAAUCAAGCCCCUCCAGGAUGGAUAUAA